GAUCAACAAGAUAUUUGGCUUGAUAUGUGACUUUUGAUGGUGACGGUUGCCAUAUAUGUGAGAUUUUGACAGUCGUGAUAUGUGCUCGACGAAAAUGCUCGCUGCCAUUUCAAGCUCCUGAAACUCGAUAGCAUGUAAUAUCUGGGAAAUACGAUAUAGAAAUUUCGCCAUUGAAACCGAAAACGUCUCUCGGCUUUAUUAAGAGCUGUAGAAAAAUGUGUUCGGGGAGCGAACUGUCUUGUGUGAGAGGUGAAAAUGCAUGGCGCUUUCCUCUGUCAUCGGGACUGCUUGGGUUUGUGUUAGGAUUGUCAACUUUUGGUGCAGCGAUGAAACUGUCAGAAUACAAGGACAGUCCUAGUCUUCCUCCGAUGAUAGCUGCAAUACCAAUGUUAACUGCAGGGCUUUCAGGUAUGGUGGGAGGACGAAUGAGGAAACGUUGGCUGAUUUCGCUGCACAUGGGUCUUUGUUUGGUUACAGGAGUCUUUGGUCUUCAUCUUAUGUUCCUUUUCAUGGGGAGAGAGGUUAAAUCAAGAAAUAUUCUUAAGGCUAAAUGUCUUUCCAACUACCAGGGAUCUUAUUACUGCCACAGAUACGCUACAACUGUUGCUAUGUCAGGACUAUCUGUUCUAGCGAUUACGUUGGCUCCUUUGGGAAUUUUAUCAUAUGCCGUCAUCAGGCAAAUAUCUGCGUAUAACGUCAAUGAAGUCCAGGAAGCAAAUAAUCCAGCCUUUGAACCCGAACUAUCUCCGACUAAGACAACAAAUGAAGACCAAGUAGAACAUCAGCAUCAACAAUUUUUUGAUAGAGCUGCAAAUCAUCCAUGUAAAACUGAGCCUAAACCAGAGAAUCAACGACUAGCAAACUUUAAAAACUCACGUGGUGAUGAGCGUCUUCCACCCAAUCUCAGAAAACCGUACGGUAGUGAUCUGGUAACAACUAAUCCGUCUCAAAAUAAAGUGCGGAAUCACCGAUUUCUUCACCAUAAGAAGCCGCAUGACGAUAUGCGACUUCCGCCCAAUCAGCGACCACCUUACCGGGGUGAUCAGGUAGGAAUUCCUAAACCUAGUGCUCAGUCUAAACCGCCGCAGAAUCUGGGUCCACUUCACCAGAAAAACUCACAUGGCGAUAAACGACUUCCGCCCAUCCACAAGCAGUCGUUAGGUAACAAUUGGGCAGAAAAUCAGCCAUCUGAAACUGAUCCUAGACCGCAGAAUCACCGAGCACUUUACCAUAAGAACUCUCAUGACAAUACGCGACUUCCUCCCAGUUACAAACAACCUGACCAUGGCAAUCGAGAGUCAAGUGAACCUCGCAAAGGUGAAUCCCAACCCAAGAAUCUCCGACCACCUCAUAACAAAUAUAAACAUGGCGAUGCGCAACUCACAGACAGAGACGUGAAUCGCAGACAGCCUUUCGAACACAGACCUUCCCGUGACCUCAUGAGGUACAGUAGGCACAUAUGUCAGCAGCAAAACAUGAAUCAAGUUUCCAGAGCACCAACGACACGGUUUGGACAAAGUCACGUGCCAUUGGCCAGUGGCAGAGUAGUGAAAGGUAUAUCGAACACGACAGAUAGCUCGUCUGCAUAAAAGGGUGUGUAAAUUGCCAAACUUUUGUACAACGCACAAAUCGAAUACAUGAUGUAGAGGCUAUGAGCUCGCUCGCUUAGGUCAAUAAAAGUCACUUCGCUAACGUUUCGUCAGGAAACACAGGGCGCAGAAAGACUUUUAGCACGUUUCGAUAUAAGAUGAUUAUAUACUCCAUUUUUUUCAUCUCUUCAGCAUUCAUAAGCAUUCUUGCCAUCAUCAAUUUUUUUACACCCAUUUUAUUGCUUAUGCAACCAUUCCUGUAAAUGUUUAUGCGAAUAAAUUUCUGAUGUCGUCGUUAAAAGGACGUACACAAUUCAAAGCUUUAAAUAGACAAUGGCAAACUAUUCGUUCAUAAAUUAGCAGCCUACGUUAAGUAUUGUUGUAAUGAGUUUUUAUAAGUUAAGGUUUAAGGUCUCUCAUUUUUCAUCUCAUGAAUUAAGUCCAAGGCUAUUCAAAGUUAAACCCUUAUAAGGAGUUCCUUGAUUUUAACUGUUUUGACUUAGAGUCGGAGUGCCAUUUUUUUUAGUGAGCAUGUCUUCGAAAUUGACACUGACCUUGGACCUCAUCCACACGAGUGUUCCUGUUUGGGUUUCCAGUUCAAUUUUGUGGUCUUACCAUUCGAAUAACAUCAGCUGUGUACUUUUUUGGUUGAUCACAUAGCCAGUUUGUUUUCACGCAUUGUUUUAAAAAAACAGGAAGCGUAGGAAGAGUUCUCACGCUCGGAAAACCCAAACACGUCUACAAUUUAGAUACCUAGGAAACCACAAAUUGGUUACUUUUCUCUUAUGUAGUUGUAGAUGUGAGAGGCGGAAUUAUUUUGAGUAUUGAUUAGCCAAAAAAAUGAACGGUGCCAAUGUCUGUGCGCAAGGACGGAGAAGAAUAAAUAGACAGGUACAGAUCCUUGAUCCUUUCAGCUAAAUGUAAAAUGCUCGGGAUUUCCCCCCAAAAGCGUAAGAAAUCAGUGGGACGUAUGAUUACGAAAUUACGCUCUUUCAACUGAAAAAUCUUAAUGAUUUUCCACAGAGGUGUUUUUGGGGAUCUUUGUAAUUAAAAAAAAAUGUGUAAUUAGCUAGAUAAACUAAGGUGUAGCUAAGGGGAGUCUUAGAUGUACUUGCUAAUUCCAACGGAUUUAGAAAAACUAUCAUUGAGUUUUCGCACGAAUAGCUUGAUAAUCCCUAAAUCUUCGAAUCCCGUUUUGAUCAAAAUCUGAAUUCCCCCCUCUGACGUCUUGAAUAGGCGCCCCUCUUUCUGCUCGUUUUCAUGGACGCAAUAAGACAUUAUAGGACAUGUGUUUUGAUUGUGUUUAUUCAGCCACGUUCGUCCAAUCUUGCACACAUAUGUCACACUUAAAGCCUUCUUUCAGUCUGUCAACGGGUUAAGUUUGGGGAAACUGAUCACGAAUAAAAAGAGCAGCUGAAAAGUGCCGCUGUUAAAACUUUA